UCGAGGGAGGGAGCGUGAAGUUUGUCCGCGCUGGCUUCCCAUCCCUGUGGAAGCUCAUGCCAUUGUCUCGUUGUCAAAAACAGUCUGUCUAGUCGGAAACUUUGAAACUGGGUAAUUAUAGGUAAGGCUUGUUUCAGACACUGCCAAAUCCAAGUAUGAGUUUAUGAGAAGUGAGAGUUUUUCGAGUAGCCCUAGUAUGCAACAAGUAGUUUGAGCGUUUGGAGUGAAGAGAAGCGCGCAGAGCAGGUGUUGCUGAAUGGCAUGAGUUGUUGAGCAGUGUCAGAAGUCAUGGCAGAGCUGGAAGUGGAUCAGUCCAACCUUCCCCGAGUCCAGGAGGUGUGCCAGUGUUUUGCUGAACUGGAGGAUGGAGCUCUAGCUCAUAACCUGCAGGAGCAGGAAAUUGAGCAGUACUACAACUCAAAUGUGCAGAGGAGUCAGCUGGUGCAAAGGGACAUCAGAGUAGCUAAGAGACUCCAAGAUGAGGAAGAGCAUAGAGCUCAGAUGCUGCAGCACCAGGCCACUCACCAGCUGGAGGAACGGGACUCUGAAUAUGCACACAUGAUUCAGGAGGAGCUCCAGCGGCGUGCAGACGAAGCUUGGAGGAGGGAGGUGGAGGACGAGGAAAUAGCAAAAAGGAUACAGGAAGAGGAAGAGCUUUAUUCGAGACACAGGAGCAGUUACCAAAAUAAAGAUGGUAAAGAGUCCACAAGCGUUCCUGCUCGUCCAUACUUACCCCGGCCUGUUCAUGUACCUCACAACCAGUCUCCAACCAGAAGAUGGCAGCACUCCUCCUCGCCCACCUACUCGGACUCUGAGGAGGACCUGAUUGAGUACAGUAGGCCUACAGUCAUAUGGCAGGACAGCAAACCCACUGUGGGGCAGAGGAAGCUGGUCGGCAGACCUUCCAGAGCUCAAUUAGAGCAGGAUGACAAAAGCAUGACCAGCCAAAGCAGCAGUAACAGAUCUUCACACCUGUCAGGUGGAUGGGGUGAUGUCAUCAAGCUCAUAAAGAACGAUAUGAGUGAGCAAGGCUACCUCAGCCACAGCUCUGAGGAUGAUCUCUUUGAACCAGUCUAUAAACUUGAGAAAAUAUUGCGACAGAAGCAGCAGGUCUCAGGAAUGGGGCUGAGUCGCCACAGCAGCAUGAGGGAGGAUCGUAGCAGAAUAUGGCAGGGAGACAGUUGUGGUCCUGGAGAGAGUUUUAGGGAAAGACAUGUUCAUUUCCUGGAUGAACGGAGGUGCACUAACAGUUACCUGGGCAACGGUUGUAGGACCUAUGAAAAUGGUCACAGGGACACUAGGGAAAGAGUUCAGUGUUCAGCAGGGAUGCUAAGAGAUGAUCUCACACACCUCAGAGAAACUCAAGGUCUCCACACUCAUGCUCAGGAGUUUCAACGGAACAUUUCAAUGCGACGUAGUUACCAUGGUAAUGUCAGGCGGACAUCUGAGCGUGAGGGAAGCAGAACAUGCAGCGUAGAUGAUUCUAAUUUGGCUAGACCAAGACCCUCAAAUAAUGCUCCCUCACUGCAACCAAGAGUGCCACAGUUAAUGGAGUUGGAAGUGGAGGAUUGUUUGAGAGAUAGGAGAAAUUGGGAGAUGGGGAGAGGCAGAAAUACACAACAGAGAGCUCGAUCAUUAACGGAGGAUGAAAGGAGGAUAGACCGAGACCACAGGCGUAGAGAGUGUAGGGUGAGGCGAAGUCAAAGUGAGCACUGGCAGACCUUCGAGGAAGAGAGAUCAAGCACAGAGGAAGAGUUGGAGAGGGAGAGCACGAGGGAGGAGAGACGGAUGCAAAGACUCCAGUCUUGCAGUGGGCGCUCUUCCAGAGAAGGACCUGCUCUUAGGAGUGGAACGGCUGCUCUUGUGCUACUGGAUGAGGAGCUGGCCCGCAGGCUUCAGGAAGAGGAGGAGAGAUCGGCCGAAGAGACUCAGCAAGGUCCCUCUCCUCUUAGAAGGGACUGUCCUAUUGGAGAUUUCAGAGCGGCACAGGUUGCUCAAGAUGAGGAAAUUGCACGUUUAAUGCAGAAACAGGAGAUUACGUCUAAACGGAGGUCUCGUGAGCUGGAACCUGUUCGAGAAUACUGGGAGAAUGACAGGAGAACAGCAUGUGACAGACAGAGGCGCAGACUGGAUGCCGAAGGUUUUCAGUCCCCAUUUGAUGACUUCACCCCAGACAAUCAACUCCCUAGUCACAUUUCCGUGACAAUGCAACCGCAAGCCAUCAGGAAUAUUGCCGAAGAGCUGGACCCAACCUUUCAAAGGAAGGAUUCUGCUGAAUCGGGACAAAUUAAUGGUUCCUGUCAAAAUCAAACAUCACAACAAGUAGGUUUGAAGAGCCCCUUGGAAGAACCUAAUUUUGUGCCCCCCACGAAACGACAGAGUGACAAACUGGAACGAGUAAAGCCCAAGGAGAAAAAGGAAAAUGCAAAACAGAAAGAGAACUGCAAGCAGCAGUGAUGCUGGACAUGUGUGAAAUCAACUGCAAUAAUGAAUUAAUAACCAAAUUCGAUUAAAGAAAUGCAUGCAUGUCCUGGCAGUUUGGGGCUUUCCAGUCUUCUGCUUUCUCCAAGACUUGGGAUACUUUUGUAUUCAACAAAUCAACUUGAACUUGCAAAACAGGGACACUCCAUCCAGAUAAACAGAUGUUUACUAGUAAUAGCAUUAAGUCAUGUCAUGCUCUAUUGGUUUGUUUCGUUUUUAUUUACCUUUUGGUUAGAGGCUGGUAUGUCACCACAGAGGGAAAGCUCCUACUAGCGGUACUUGGUAUUACACAUUUGACUUCUGGGAAAACCUGAAAUGAUACUAUGCUUUGAUAAAGGAAGUUAGCACAUGGUUGAGUGAUCCUCUUUGGAGUUUUUCUGCAUGAUUCUUGAUCUCUUAAGAUAUUUAAUCAGGCAUUCUUUUUUAAUUGCUUGUACUUUUUUCCUGUACUCCGGGAACUACACUAAUCUUAAUUUGCCCAAAGUGUUAUUUUAAUUUCUAAUGGUUGCCUUCAGUAUGCAAGAAUGUCUUUGUAUAAAGUUAUAAAAAAAAACGUUUGCAAAACCAAGUCAUGCUUUCACAAAUGAAAUGUUUAUUUUAAUAGUUACUGGUUUACGAGACUGCUCCUUCUUUGUAGUGUACAUCAGCAUAGUCUCUAUAUAUGCCCUACAGUAGUUUUACCAGGCUGGAGGAAAUGACACUUUCAUGUAUGUUUUCUUGUAUUUUUGAACUGAUGCUGAGUGCUAAGAUUAUAUGUUUUCAUUGUAUUCACUACUGUUAUGGCAAUAAUGUGUUGUCAUGAAUCAGUAGGCCUUUAUUGCCUAUCUAAAAUUUAAAGAUUGCUUUGUACAGAAGACACAAAUUUAUAUAUAUAUCCAUAUCUUUCUUGAUGUACAUCAAUAAACACUUUUUACAUUUACAGCAGAAAUUUCGUGGAUUUAAAUUUAGACUAGACAGAAGUUAAGACUUUCCCUAAUACCAACAAAUUCAUGCAAAUCUCUGCGGGAAGCACCUCAAACAUCAAAUUCCAAAGAGACCUUCCUUCUCUACCCACAAAAUGUUUUUUUUCUAUUUACAAGAGGGAGAGUUGUUUUAUAAACUCGGUAUAGGGUUUUACAUAGUAAACACAGUAGUGACGCAUAAAGUGACAUAUUAAACAGCUUGACCUUUUUUUGACCGUUAAAGACAAGCACAAUCAUCGCAUUGCUCAACCACCAGCUGUUCUGUUACAUCAGUGUUUCUCAACCCUGGUCCUGGGCGGCCCCCAGCACUGCACAUUUUGUGU